CACUGUCUGUCGUUAUGAAGUAGAGUCUUUACCUGACAAAGUCAUGUUAGGAUAUGUCAGUUAUUCUGUGACAGCUUUUGUGCCGAACCCACUAAGGUGUUUUAGAUGUCAAGCUCAUGGUCAGGUUGCAGCAGUCUGUAGGAGGGAGAUUCUGAGAUGUGAGACGUGUGCAGGAGGGCAUGGGACAAAGGAAUUUGUAGUAUCGGUGGAUGUGUGUCAAUUGUGGGGGUGCCCAUGUUGCUGGGGAUCAGAAGUGCCCGGUGUGAGACAGGUUGAGGUUGGCAGGGUGAGAGUAGAACAGACGGUGUCUGAUGCUGAGGCAGUGAAGAGAGUAGAGGAUGAUAGGUCAAGAGUGAGUAGUAGCUCUAGGCCAAUACAGAAUGAUACGAAUUUGUGCUUCAGUAAGGUUGGCUUCUUAGCAUUCAUUGUCAUGGUUAUCAACUGUACUGCAGAAAUGUUACAUAAAUCACAGAAGAGUUACAAGGUGUGUUGAACGAAAGACUCCCGUCCUCCCAGGCCAUCGGCCUGGUGUAGGAUAAUUUGAUGAAAUAGUGGUAUAUACAGUAGGCGUAGGGUUAGUUGGUGGUGCAUUUUUCCCUUUCCCGCUUUUUAUUUUUGUGUCACAAAAUGUAAUGUCAUCGACCACACACUACCGCACAGUAGGUGGUGGCAUGCACAAACAAAAUGUUUGAAUGCCAUGAUACCAAAGAAGAAGAAGAUCCUUCCUUAAUAACCCAUAGGAAGUCCCACCUACUACUUCAAAAUGUUGAACGGCCUCAAUGGCUCUGCCCAUGCUAAAUCAAGCUUUUGGACACUAGAGUCCUUUAUCAUUAUCUAUGGCUCCAACCAGGUGUUGGUGUCAGAAUACAGUCAAUGGUCAGAACAGAACAAAAAAGAUAUUAGACUCCAGAGUGGCGCAGCGAUCUAAGGCACUGCAUCUCAGUGCAAGAGGUGUCCCUGGUUCAAAUCCAGGCUGCAUCACAUAGGGUGGUGCUCAAUUGACCCAGCGUUGUUUGGGGUAGGCCGUCAUUGUAAAUAAAAAAUCAGUUCUUAUCUAAUUAUUUAAAUUUAAAAAAAAUAGACAGGCUUCGUCAUAAGUGUGAAAAACAUCAAGAGGGGAAAGUCCAGUAGGUGGCGGUAAUAUAACAUUGGUUGCCAAACACCACUGAAGAAGAAUAGGCUACACCCUUGCCUUGGUAGUCGCGCAGCUGUGAUUUGUUGUGAUGUGAGGGUGGUUGACUAUUGUAGUUCAGCGAUGCUUUGUUAUUCGAGUUGAAACAGAGUGGGAAGAGGCAAGAAGCCCAUGACAACAUGAGUCCUGCAGCUGUGCCUGUGGUCCACUGCUGUUGUCACAGGAAAAUCUGGUUACACUCAACAGAUGCAGGGGGCUUCAAGCCUGCCACCUCUGUGUUCCUCCUGCCCAUAGUGAUCUGAUCUUCCCCUAGGCAAUGGCGAGGAGAGGGCAGCGCCAUGAAUAGAUACACCACUCUCAGGCAGCUCGGGGAUGGCACCUACGGCUCAGUCAUCCUCGGCCGCAGCCUGGAAUCAGGGGAACUAGUCGCCAUUAAGAAAAUGAAGAGAAAGUUCUACUCAUGGGAAGAAUGCAUGAAUCUUCGUGAGGUCAUAUCCUUGAAGAAACUCAACCAUGCGAAUGUGGUCAAACUCAAGGAGGUUAUAAGGGAAAAUGACCACUUGUACUUUGUGUUUGAAUACAUGAAGGAGAACUUGUAUCAACUAAUGAAAGACAGGUCUCGGAUGUUCCCUGAAUCUGCUGUGCGAAAUAUUAUGUUCCAGAUACUGCAGGGAUUAGCAUUUAUUCAUAAGCAUGGAUUCUUUCACAGGGAUAUGAAACCUGAGAACCUUCUGUGCAUGGGACCAGAGCUGGUGAAAAUAGCUGACUUUGGGCUUGCCCGUGAGAUAAGAUCUCGGCCCCCGUACACAGACUAUGUUUCAACAAGAUGGUACAGAGCUCCAGAGGUGCUGCUGAGGUCCACCACCUACAGCUCUCCGAUAGACCAGUGGGCCGUUGGCUGCAUUAUGGCAGAGCUCUACACCCUCAGGCCUCUGUUCCCAGGCUCCAGUGAAGUGGACACCAUCUUCAAAAUUUGCCAAGUCUUGGGAACUCCAAAGAAGAAUGACUGGCCAGAGGGCUUCCAGUUGUCGGUAGUCAUGAAUUUCCGCUGGCCUCAAUGUGUCCCCAGUAAUCUGAGGAGUCUGAUCCCUAACGCCAGUACUGAGGCCAUCCACCUCAUGAGAGACCUACUCCAGUGGGACCCUAAGAAGAGGCCAGCCUCUGCACAGGCCCUCAGGUACUCGUACUUCUACGUGGGUCAGGCGUUGGGUACUCCUCAGCAGAUCCUGGAGCAGGGCAGGCCUCAGCCUGGUCCUCUACCGCCACAAUCAUCACAGCAGCAUCAACCACUGCUGCUCAAACCAGUGCCCCCUCCCCAGUCAGUGCCCCCAAAUCCACAUUUCACCUCGUCCAGGCCCCUGCAACAGAUCGAACGAGCCCCUACCCUGGUUCCAUUAUACCAGAGGCACACAGAGCUGCUGCGAGAGCAGCCCAACCGCAUUGUGAAGCAGGAGGAGACUGCAAGAGUCCCAAAGACCCGUUUACCUUACAUUGUUGAUAAGAGCUUGCCGAGCCAGUUGACCCAGGAGGCUGAAAAUGCCAACUUAAGCUAUCAGGUGAAACCUAAGGAUGAAGGACGCCGGCGAUGGGGCCACGGCUCAGGCCUUUUAAAGGGUGACGGCUGGGAUGACUUUGAGGACACAGAGUUGACCUCUCUAAAUGCUCUGUGCAAAACAAACGUUCCUACUGAAAAACGAAGAGAGGAGACGUUGAGCAGGUACGGAAAUGUUUUGGAUUUCAGCAACCCCAAAGUUAAGGGGCAGGUGUCGACAGGUGACAAUGCACCUUUGAAUCUGAACAUGGCCAUGUCCUACCAGGAGCCUUUGAGGACAGCCUCUGCCAAACAGCAUUACUUGAAGCAGUCAAGAUAUCUACCAGGUUUAAGUACCAAAAAUAAUAUGGCAAUAAAUUCCAACAAAGACUACAGUGAAAGCAACCUCUGGGGCAGCAGCAGUAUUCCUGUAGGAGGGACGUUUCCUAGCAGAAACACUCAUGGUUCAAAUACACUUCCAAGUGGAUAUGUACCAUCCUAUUUCAAAAAAGAGGUUGACUCUGCCGGCCAAAGAGUGCAACUUGGACCUAUAGGGGACUCAACAGCAUCAAAUUAUGCAACCUGGAGGUCGUCAAGCAGAAGUCAGAUGGGUGCCUCAUCCUAUGUGCCGUCACCCACCAAGACUACACCUGGCCUACGGUCUCGCCCCCCAGUACAGGCCAUCCAUGGGCGCACAGACUGGUCUGCCAAAUAUGGACACCGCUAGUGGCCUCUUUGGGGCACUUGUGUUAUGGCCUGGUACAGAUGUCUGUAUUCCUGAUUUCUCUUUUCCCUAUAAAAGGAAAACAUCAGUUUUUCAUAUCAAAGUAUGUAUGUGUUAUACAGCAAUAACCUUGGUUUUCUAUUAUUCUGUGUAUAAAUUGUUCAAUGUAUGUGUAUUAUAUGGCUAAAUGCACUCAGCAAAAAGUUGAUGUUAUCACAUUAAAUAGAUUUCUUUUUUUAUUUUGUUCGUGACAAAUUCCCUACCAGGUUUGUUUAUUGCAUAGCUUUCUCACCCCAUUUGUUGCCUUUUGUAGAAUGUUUGUUCCAUAGAUUUUGUAAAACAUCUCCAUGAUGUUUAAAUUACCUAUCCAGUAUUUAUGCAUUUUAUAUUGCAAAUAUCACUGUGAUAUUUUGGCUGAGCCCUGUUUUUAUGUUGCCGAUUUGUCUUGUUUUUUUGUUCGAAUAAUAUAUUUUUCUUGGUGCUUUCUUUCAUGAGACAUUCUGUAAUGCAAUACAAGAAAACACUUGUAUUUGAUGCAUUCUUUAAGAUUUUAUUCAAUGUUAAAAACAUAUAUUUAAAACAACUCUGUGCUUAUUUCAAGCAGAAUUGCUAACACUAGCAUUAAUAUGAUCUUUGUAUUGAAUUACAUGGCUCUUUUUUUAUUGAGAGAUA